AUGUUUAUCGCGAAAUUGCGACCAAUUCGGUUCCACGUGAAGCAUCCGUCAGCCAUGAAGGAAAGGAAGAUGAUGAUGACUCAGAUUUGGAAACUCGUCCUCUUACAGGAUGAAGUUUCGGAAGAACUGCUUCGAUGCCAAACUGAGUUGCAGGAAUUGGAACCUAGGUUACGAGGAGUAAUUUCUCACUGCUGGAGUAAAGUACAAGCAGAGUUUGCUCACUGGGAAACUUCGAAACAGUUGGAUGAUGCUGAUUUGGAUGUGAGUUCGGUAAUUAUUCUCAGUGGUAGGAUCGGAUAG